UUCACCAUCAUGGCACACUUUAAAGCUUUCAUACUUUCAAUUUUAAUUUUGUGUCUCACUACUGAUGUUAUAUGCAAAAUAGUUUUGCCACACAAGCUCCGGUAUUUAGAGAACAUGCUGAACUCCGAAGUUGUUGCGAAAGCUGCGAAAAUCCGUCAGCGGAUAGAGUCCAACCCGAACGCCCAGGAGAAUGACAAAAGUUGGCCGGUGCUGUUGGCCAAAUACGGACAAGAUGAAAAGAAAAAUAUGCCACCGCAACCUUACAACAAUUAUAACAACAUGUACGGACGAAGAAUUCCAAAUUUUAAGUAGAUCCCGCAGGAUAUAUUUAGAAUAUAUAAUGAGUAUGAAUAUAGAAUAAGUUACAAACUAAGGAUAAUAACGGCUUAAUGUAACAUAUUUUUAAGGUCAACCAUAUAUAUAGAUUGAAAUGUAAUUAGUCACUGUUAGCAUAAAUGUGUUAAAUAUUUAUUACAUGUUAUAAUUUUCCUCCUCAUUUACCUUUGCUCAUUAUUAUAAAGCAAUGUUAAUAACAGGUACAAUAACUUUUAUGGUUUCAAAACCACAAGAAAUGGACG